AUGGAGUUGUCGCGGGAUGGUUCGCCACGCCAGGACGCGACGAAGACAAUAAGGCGGGCGCGGGUUGAGAGCGGGUCAAUCUGGGCUCGUGUUAUCGAGCGCAGACUAAGUGACAGGGAAGCGAUCGGAUAUGAAGAUCGAAGAGCGCGUGAUGAAGAAGGCUUGGCUGCCAAGAGCGCUGCUUGGGUUUGGCGCCUGGCCUGUGCGGGGCGAGACUCGCCGGCCCAGACUUCGGCUGGUACCGCGGUUGCUGGUUAUUGUGACUGCAUCACACGGUUUACGCCAUUUGCAUUCAUGUUUAAGAUCCCUAGAAUCUAUCCGGCAACCGCUGCAAACAUGAGGAAAACCAUUCACAACAUCACGUGUGUUCGUCUGCAAAAAUCAUAG